AACAGACCUGUCUGUUCCAAAGCUCUCAAUUAUCUCCCUUUUCUCUCUCUCUAGAAAUCUGCUGGUGUUGGUCCACUUUGGCCUUUCUCUCUCUAUAAAUUGGCCAGUUUUCUGUGGACUUGCCUGUCAAAGGAGUCUUCCUAAGCUUAGCAAUGGCUUUGAGUGUCCUCUUCUUCCUCUUUUGUGCUAUCUUUUCAUUUGUGAAUGCCAAUACUGAAGGUGAUGCUCUCUAUGCACUAAGGAGAACGCUUCAUGACCCUGCAAAUGUGCUUCAAAGCUGGGACCCCACUUUAGUGAACCCUUGCACCUGGUUUCAUGUCACUUGCAACAAUGAUAACAGAGUUACUAGACUGGACCUUGGAAAUGCACGACUGAUUGGUACAUUAGUACCUGAACUUGGCAGAUUAGAGAGUCUGCAGUAUUUGGAGCUAUACAAGAACAACUUGGUGGGGGAAAUUCCAAAGGAGCUUGGACACUUGAGAAAUCUGAUCAGUUUGGAUCUCUACCAAAACAACCUCACAGGCUCAAUUCCUCCUUCUCUCAGCAAACUCCAAUCUCUCAGAUUCUUGCGGCUCAGUGGAAACAAACUUACAGGGAAGAUACCAAAGGAACUAACCCAACUUGGCAAUCUAAAGAGCUUGGAUUUAUCACAUAACAACUUAUGUGGAACCAUUCCAACUUCAGGCUCUUUCUCCAAGCUCUCAUUGAAGAGCUUUGAGAACAACCCGAGACUGCAAGGACCAGAGCUGAUGGGAUCAGUGGGUUAUGACAUGGGAUGCAACUGAAACUAAAAUGAGAUGCAACCCGAUCACAUUGUAUUUACAAAUUAUUGUGUAUGGUUUGGGGUGUUUUAUCUGUAUAAGGGUAUAUCAUUUGGCAGUCUUUGAAUUAUAACAAUUCAUGGUUUGGUGAGUUUGGCUUCCUUUGCUGUUGAAAUAUAUAAAAUAGAGGAGGUUACGAGUUGCA